AUGUGGCAGAAAGUGAAAGUGCAGCUCAUGCUAAGCAUGUCUUUCCUGGUUGCUGUUUGUUGGUAUUGCAGGCAGCUAUACAGCUUUUUAGCACAGCUACUGAAACGGUGGAGCAAUUACCUUCAGAGAAAACUCAUAAGGAAUCUCAGUGUGCUGACAGAAGCUGAUCUCCUUGGUUAUAGUGCGAGAGAAUGGAAAGGAGAGACGAAGCAGGCCAAACACAUGAGGGAGGCAUAUGAAGAAUUGUAUUGGAGCCAUCAUAUCAAAUACCUGCGACAAGUCAGGAGGGACAACUAUUGUGUACUAAGAGCAGUGCUUUUUCAGAUAUUCAACCAAGGCAUUCCUUUUCCAUCAUGGAUGAAGGAGAGAGAUAUAUUAAAGCUCCCUGAAAAGCUUUUGUAUUCCCAAGGUUGCAACUGGAUUCAGCAAUACAGUUUUGGCCCAGAAAGAUACACAGGUCCCAACGUCUUUGGUAAACUGCGCAAAUGUAUGGAGACAUUAAAGACCAAUUGGACUGAAAUAAGUGCUACUAAAGAUCAUGAAGAAAGAGGGAACAUGUGUAAUACACUCUUUUCUGAUGAGAGCAAGGAGCACAAACUAUAUGAGGCCAUAAAAUUCAUCAUGCUCUACGAAGUUGUUGAAGCCUACGAGCAGAUAAAGAACAGGGAAGAACCCAUACACAACCUUUUUAGCCUUCUCCUUGCUCGUGAUUCUUCGUCUGACCCUUUGAGUUUCAUGAUGAAUCAUCUGAACGCCAUAGGUGACUCUAUUUGCCUAGACCAGGUUGAACUGUUUCUUCUUGGAUACUUACUUCAAGUAAAGAUAAGAGUUUACAGACUGCAUAGGUUUAAUACUGAGGAAUUUCAAGUAAACUAUCCAGACGAAUACCGAAGGGAAUGGAAUGAGAUUUCUCUCCUGACCGAGGAUGACCGCUACUAUCACAUCCCCCUUUUCAGAACGUGAAGAACCAGUGACUUUUUUUCCUUUGUAUAAUAUAGUGAGUGACCACUUCCAGUGACUUAGGUUUCAAAUUGGCAGCAGUAACAUUUUGAGAAUGCUCAUUAAUAACUACGAACUGAUUUAUGGUUUAUUGUAUAAACAUUUUGCUUUCCCGUGCAGCU